GGCGCUUCGGUGAAAGGUGACAGGUUAUAUCCAGGUCAAAAUGGUGGUUUGUGCCGGGUAGAUAAUUGCUAUAGCGAACAUUUUACGUAGUUCUGUAUCUUUUUAAAUGGCAUUUGUUGCUAUUAACGCAUAUACCGUUUGGUUAGGGUUAUGUUAUAUCAAAUAAGGGCAAAAUUAAUAGUCCAUUUACGUUAUAUACUAUGGAGUUAAGUAGUUGAAAUGCAGUCCUAGUUUUAGCUAGGUAGCUUAUUUGAUCUCAGAAAGUUGUGCUUAAGUGACGUUAAAUGUAACGACGGAUUUAGCAGCUCACAAAAAUAAAGCUAGGUAGCUUACCACUUUAAUUUGGCGAAGACACCUAUUUGCUGACCUAUUACUCUUCAUCAUGGAUGAAAGCAGUUUGGAAGCAGCCAUAGAAACCUACCAUGCCCAGCUGAAGCAGGUGGAGUCUGCCUUAGGUGCCGGACUAGAUUCUUCCCAAGAGUCAGAUCUUUUGAAACUGAAGGAUGACUUACAGCAACUGAUUCAACUCACCGAGUCCAGCUUGGUGUCUGUAAAGAAAAGCCGGCUGCUCGCUAGCCUAGAAGAAGCAACUGCACCUCAGAGUGCAUCCCGAGUAGAGAGGACUGAGGUUGGCAACAUGGAUGAAGAAUUUGCUGCUUUUUACUCAGAGGUUGGUGGGACCUCUGUGGAGUGCAUGUCUGGCAGCAUGGAAGAACCAUUCAAUUCCCAGAUAGCUUCCUCUUCUAGCCCUGGUCACACUAGUGAGGUUGAUGAUGAGGAUGGUGAUGAAGACAUUGAUGCUAAUGCUGAUGACGACGGGGAUGAUGGGGAAUCUCUGAGUGGGUUGAAAGUCAGAGCGCCAUAUCGCACCUCCUGGGGAACACUGGAAUAUCACAAUGCAAUGGUGGUGGGACCAGAGUACUCCGAGGGGUCUGAGCCCCACGUCAGAGUGCUGUAUGUCUACCCAACCAACAAAUCCAUGAAGCCCUGCCCCUUCUUCCUUGAAAACAGGUGUCGCUUCAUGGAGGACUGCAGGUUUUCACAUGGUGAGGUGGUAUCUGUUUCUGAGCUGAGAGACUUCCAGGAUACAGACCUGAGUAAUCUACAGGAAGGUUCCUCCUGUUUGGCCAGGCACGAAGAUGGCAUAUGGUAUCCAGCGAAGAUAACUGAAAUCGAUGGUGGUUAUUAUACAGUGAAGUUUGACUCGCUUCUUCAGAAAGAUUUGGUCAUAGAGGCUGAUGGGAUUAUUCCUCCGAUGAGGGAAGAUGAUUCUCCAUCUUCGGAAUCUGACGACGAUGACCCAGAAUACUCUGCCUUUGCUAAAGUUGUAGAUUCUAAUGAAACGGAGACAUGGGCACCCGGAAGUACUUCUGAUUUUGGUGGCUGGGAAGCUCAUACGCGGGGAAUUGGUUCCAAACUGAUGUCCAAGAUGGGUUAUGAAUUUGGUAAAGGCCUGGGUAGGAACGGAGAGGGCCGAGUGGAGCCAGUGCUGGCUGUAGUCCUGCCUAAAGGGAGGUCCCUGGACCACUGCGUGGAGACCGUCCAGAAGAAGGCACUUGGGAAGGGUGGAACGGAGGCCUCGGCGAAGCGCCGUAAGAAGAAAGCGAAAGGAACGGGCGCCUCCCAGGGCCGCAGGGACGUGUUCGAUUUCCUGAACAGCAAGCUGGGUGACCAGGAGCAGAAGGCUGUGGAUGCUCCUGCCCCCCAGAGGAACAGCAAGGAGGUCUACAGAGGCGGCAAGGGCACCAAGCGCUCCAUCAAUGUGCGGCUCUUCCAGACCGCUGAGAGGGUGGCCCAGACCGAAAGGGAGAUCGACAGACUCACCGAAGCCCUGGGCAGGAAGGCGGGCAGAGAUAAAGCGAUGAUUAGCCAUCUGGAAGAGAAGCUGUCUGGGGCGAGGAGGUUGCUGUCGCAGCUGAAGGCCCAGGAGCUGAGCAUUCAGAUGGAGCGGAAGAAGGCAGAUACACACAAGAAGAUGACAGAGUUCUGACUCGUCACUGCGCUAAUGAUUCAUGACCAGUGGGACGCAGUACCGUUUCCAGGCCACUGUCUCAUACUUAUUUAUGUUUAAAGCUGAUAAUUACUGUCUGUUUGUACAAUGAAGAACAUUGGCUCAAGAAUACGUUUGAUUGUUUUACCAAUUUUUUUUCAUUUUUUUUAUCACCGACAAGGAUAUGGAUCAGAUACGGAUUUUUAGGAAUGAAGCUGUUUCAAAAUGUUAUUUCAAAAGCACAUUUUAAUGAAAUAUUAUUUGUGAAGGUUCUUCAUUUAGACUGAGACAUUAAAGAAAUUCUGUAAGAAUCCAUAUCAGUAGUAACUGUAACAUUCUAUUCACUGUGGUAUUUUGUCAGGGAGUACUUGUUUUUGUGUCCCUGUUCUCGCCUUGAAUUUUGUUUCCUUGUCAUGGUCAUGAUGUAAGUUUUGGACCCGAAAGCCACCCUGACCUUCACUUCUCCUCCACUUCAGAUUUCUUCAAGUUGGAUUGUAAUUAGCAGCUUUCAGCAAGAUACUGACACUUAUUAGCCCCAUGGUGAGAAAUGUGGCCCAGCCCACUCAUUCCGCAGUUGUAUUUUUAAGUUUUCAGAGUAAACGUCUUUUCUGAAGAAAGCU